UUACGACGGUCCCUAACUUCCGUGGGUCAUCUUCCCGUCUACCGUGAAUUCAGGCACAGUUUUCAAAGCGCUAUAUGCUGUGCAUCAUGUCACCUGAUGAGAAAAAAAAACCAACAGCUGUGCAACAUCCGGCGAGAUUUAUCCUGCACAACACAUUAAAACAGGUGACAAAUGCUGGGCAUGUUGAAAGGUGUUGAGGAUCAGUAUUGGCGAAUGUGUGGAUAGCCUCACAUCCAAAACGAGUUCACAUCCAGCAGCUGGUGCUGCCGGGCCGGCUGUGUCGCCAGUUAGAGGCAGAGGACCCGACCAUCUGAAGCGGAGUGGGGGUAGUCAGCUAAGCUGCUUACAGCCUGGCCAGCAGGCCCACGGUUGAAUUGAUGCGAAGAAAGAACGGCUUCAUCACAACAGCGAAACAUGGCUGAUAAGAAGCAGCGUUGUUCGGCACUGGCAUCGACAUAACUGGAUCAGACCUGCUGAAGGAAUGUUCACCCUCACAGAAGUAGCCUCCCUGAACGACAUCCAACCAACCUAUCGAAUACUGAAACCAUGGUGGGAUGUCUUCAUGGAUUAUCUUGGUAUUGUCAUGCUGAUGUUGGCGAUAUUUGCUGGAACCAUGCAGUUAACUAAGGACCAAGUGGUUUGUCUCCCUGUGCUGGAACAAACCCCAGACAAGGCCGGGGGCUUCUUGGGACCCCAACCACCAGAGGCAGCUGAUGGUUUAUGGAACAGAGAGAGUGCCAUCGGGGAGCAAGCCGCUCCUCUGAUGGCUAAAAGGCCUCCUGAUAGCAUUGCCCCUACAAUUCACUUAACACCAUCAGGCACUUUUGGGCAACCUCCCCCCACGGGCAUCAGAACCAAGUUGGAUUUCCAGCAGUAUGUUUUUGUCAACCAGAUGUGCUACCAUGUUGCCCUUCCCUGGUACUCCAAAUACUUCCCAUACCUUGCUCUAAUCCACACUAUUGUAUUAAUGGUCAGUAGCAACUUCUGGUUCAAAUACCCAAAGACAAGUUCAAAAAUAGAACAUUUUGUUUCAAUCCUUGGAAAAUGUUUUGAAUCACCUUGGACCACGAAAGCAUUGUCCGAGACUGCAUGUGAGGACUCAGAGGAGAACAAGCAGAGGCUAGCUGGGGCCUCCUCUCUCCUGAAACAUCUGUCCACAAGCAGUGAGGAGGGGAGUCCAAACCAGUCCGCCCCAGUGUUGACUAAAUCCGGAGUCACUUUUUCUGCUGAGAAGCUUGUGAGCGAAAUUCCCUCCAUGACCAUACUGGACAAGAAAGACGGCGAGCAAGCAAAGGCCCUGUUUGAAAAAGUCCGGAAAUUCCGUGCUCAUGUGGAGGACAGUGACUUGAUUUACAGGCUAUAUGCAAUUCAGACAGUCAUCAAAACAGUGAAAUUCAUUUUGAUCCUUUGCUACACAAUGACAUUUGUCGCGUCCAUAGAUUUUGACCAUGUGUGUGAGCCUGAAAUAAAGCAUUUAACUGGAUAUGCCAAGUUCCAUUGUACACAUAACAUGGCAUUCAUGUUAAAGAAACUCCUUGUCAGUUAUAUUGCUAUCAUUUGUGUUUAUGGCAUAAUAUGUAUAUACACACUGUUCUGGCUUUUUCGGCGACCACUUAAGGAGUACUCCUUUGAAAAAGUCAGAGAGGAAAGCAGCUUCAGUGACAUACCUGAUGUUAAGAAUGACUUUGCUUUCCUUCUUCACAUGGUCGAUCAGUAUGACCAGCUGUACUCAAAGCGUUUUGGUGUUUUUCUCUCCGAGGUGAGUGAAAACAAACUUCGAGAGAUCAGCCUGAACCAUGAGUGGACCUUCGAGAAGCUGCGGCAACAUGUGACUCGCAACCCUCAAGACAAGUUGGAACUCCAUCUUUUCAUGUUGUCCGGAGUGCCAGAUGCUGUGUUUGAUCUCACAGAUUUGGAAAUCCUUAAACUAGAAUUAAUCCCAGAGGCCAGGAUUACGGCUAAAAUUUCACAAAUGAUAAACCUCCAGGAGCUGCACUUAUAUCACUGUCCGGCCAAAGUUGAGCAGACUGCUUUUAUUUUUCUUCAGGAUCACCUCCGAUGCCUUCAUGUCAAAUUCACAGAUGUCGCUGAGAUUCCAAGCUGGGUAUACUUGUUGAAAAGUUUAAGGGAGCUGUACUUGGUUGGUAAUCUGAACUCUGAAAACAACAAAAUGAUCGGACUCGAGUCUCUUCGAGACCUCAGACACUUAAAGAUUCUGCAUCUCAAAAGCAACCUCACAAAGAUCCCCACAAACAUAACAGAUCUGUCUCCACAUCUCAUCAAGUUGGUUGUUCAUAAUGACGGUACGAAACUCUUGGUGCUGAAUAGUCUGAAGAAAAUGAUAAAUCUCGCAGAGCUGGAGCUUCACAAUUGUGAGCUGGAGCGAAUCCCUCACGCUAUCUUCAGUUUGAACAACCUUCAGGAACUUGAUCUAAAAUCCAACCACAUUCGCACCAUUGAAGAGAUCAUCAGCUUUCAGCAUCUCAAAAGACUGACGUGCCUCAAACUUUGGCACAAUAAGAUCAUCUCCAUUCCAUUGUCAAUUAGCCAUGUCAAAAACCUUGAGUCGCUCUAUCUCUCACACAACAAGCUUGAGUCUCUGCCCUCGUCGUUAUUCAACCUUCUCAAGUUGAGGUACCUUGAUGUUAGCCAUAACUCUGUAGUAGUAAUACCUCUGGAAGUGGGCUUUUUGCAGAACCUCCAACAUUUUGCCAUUACAGGCAACAAAGUUGAGGUAGUUCCCAAGCAACUGUUCAAGUGCACCAAACUGAGGACAUUAUGUCUCAGCCACAACUGUAUCUCCUCCAUUCCAGAGAAAAUUGGCCAACUAGCGCAGCUGACGCAUCUGGAACUGAAAGGAAACUGUCUGGAUCGUCUCCCAGCACAGAUUGGUCAGUGCGGCCUCCUCCGCAGGAGCUGCCUGAUUGUGGAAGACCAUCUCUUUGACUCACUCCCCAUGGAGGUCAAAGAGAGCAUCAAUCAGGAAUCCAGUGUAUCUUUUGCAAAUGGUUGCAAGUGUUUAAGUGACGGACGGUAGUCACAUCCUGCAUCAAAUGUUGGGCAUGUCUUUUUUUAUCCAUGCCAUUAGAAACAGUCGUUCAGGGUACAGUACUGAUAUGCUUUAUGAUGGUUUAGUAAGUUAUUAAAUAGACAUACCACAACACAUACAAGGUCAGAAACACUGGAGAAAUUUCAGAUGGAGCCCAGAAACUGUCAUAGCUUGUGUCAUGUCUAUAUUUUGUUCAUUCUGUUUUCAGUUGUUAUUAACAUGAGUAGCAAUUAAAUCACUCUGCUUAUACUUUUAUCUUUUGUAUGCAAAAAUACCUGUAGUACACAUGAAACUUUGUAUCAUUUUGAAACAAUCUCCCCCUUUUAUCUCAGUGAUAUAAUUUGAUUUUCUUUAAACUGACUAGAUACAGUUGAUUGUCUUCAGUGAACUAUCAGCUUAAAGGACUAGUUGGAAAAAUAAACUUAUUCGCAUUCUUGCUGAGAGUUAGUUGAGAACAUUGAUACCACUCUUAUAUCAUCUAAAUAUGAAGCUACAGCCAGCAGCAAGUUUGCUUAGUUUAGCAUACAGCCUGGAAACAGUGAAACCACUAGCCUGCCUCUGUCCAAAGGUAACAAAAUCUGCCAAGCUCACUAAUUAACAUGUUAUAUAAUGUUUGUUUAAUCCAUAGAAAAGCCAGACUUGUUGUUUUGUUGUUUCCAGUCUUUAUGCUAAGCUAGGCUAACUGGCUGUAGCUUAAUAUUUUGUGGACAGACAUGUGAGUGGUAUCACUCUUCUCAUCUAAGUCUCCACAAAAAAGCAAAUAAGGCUAUUUCCCGAAUUAUCAAACUAUUGCUUAAAAGGUCGGUGCACUUGAAUUACAAAAAACAAAACAAAACAAAAAUAAAGUAUUUUCUCAUCUCCUUUAAAUUAUAUCUGGUCAUGAUGUUUUUUUGGUUUUAUGUGCCCUAGUUUUGUCUCUGGAAUCUUGUUUAUGAUGCUCACAGCAUUGAAAAAUUACACUUAUUACACAAAAAUUCACCAGCAGCACCAUAACCCUGGAUAAUUCACAGACCUCACUGUUUUUUACUGCUUUUAUUAAGUGCUUUAUAUCUACUUUCCACUCAAAGUAAAUUUCUACAGUUGUAAACUAAUACAGUGAGGUCUGUGGAUUAUCCAGAAUAAUUGGGACAUUGUAUCUGGAAAGAGAUGCUGUUGAAAUUUUUGAGGUUUUAAGUAACAUAAAUGAAAUUACAUUCACUUGUCAAAAAUCUCAGAGAGGGAAAGGGACACAUAUCUCUAAACCUGGGGAAGUAAAAACAAAACUAUCUGGAGUUCUAGAUGCCACUAUGGGAAGUGAGAAAAUAUGUGUCUGUAAUUUGGGUGAACUGACCCUUUAAACACUUUUUUUGACAAAAAAUUUCAACUCAACAUCCACUCUCUAGCUUUGCUAUGAUCCUGAUAACUGAGCAAACUCUACCUGCUGAGGAAGACUGCGAGAAGUGGUCGAAACUCAGGAAAAAGUUAGUAAGUGGACCUUGAAUUAAUAUUUUUAGUCAAACUACUGUUUGAUCAAGGUCAAUGUUAAUCUUCUACUUUUAAAAACUGUUAAUGAUGUGUUUACAACCACUACAGUAUAAACCAUAAACAAUGUUAUUUGCUGCACAAACAAAUUGAAUAACUGUAUAGGUGUAACCUAGUGUACGUAUAACCUAAUGCAUUCCAAUUUCAAUAUACUUGUAAUACAUUUUCAUUUUAUACACCAAAAUGAUAAAGGUUCCCACCUGAUCCUUCUCUCUAAUUCUUCAAGAAGUCUUCAGUCAUGCCAUGAUGUUUGAUAGAAAUGUAUUGUUUUUUCACAGACAGUAGACAGUAGAUGGUAUCUUGUGUACAGCCAACCCACAAUGACCCUUUUAAUUCUUUUUUACUUUUCCUGUAAUGUUUUAUUCUUGCAAACAAUGCAUUUAUCAUGUAUUUUAUGUGCUCUUUGUAAGUAUUUAUUAUUUAAUUGUCUUUGUCCGUACUUCUUUCUGCACAGCACUUUGUAAACUUGGUUUUAAAAUGUGCUAUUUAAAUAAAGGAAUUACUCUUAUUUAAAGCUAGAAAAAGCAGCUUAAAUUGCACUGUAAUGCUGG